AUGAUGCCAAAUAAUGGAGAUCCAAUGAAGCAACUUUUCGACUGGGCAGUAGCAAAUUCCUCACCGGAAUUGCUUCGAAGUCAAGCUGCACAUCAUCAACAGCAGGGAACAACACUUUCAUUAACUCCGCAACAACGAGAAGUUUUAGAGUAUAUUGCAUCACAAAUGAAAGGCAACGAUCCUUUCACUGUGAUGAAAAAGGCUUAUGAAGUGUUGCAAAAUACCAAUUCAUCAAUGGAUGAAACUCUAGAAGCCAUGGAGACAAUAGACGAUAUCACUAGCAAAAUAGACUAUGCAAUAGAUUUCCACAAAAUGGGAGGAACUGAAUACGUGUUUGAACAUUUUCUUGCUCGUUCACAUCCUGAUCCAAGAGCAGAUGAUCCAGAAAUAGUUUUAUCUGCAUUACAACUUUUAUGUACAUGCUUGCACAAUAAUCCUAAAGUGCAAGUUGAAGAUUUAUAUCAAGUUCGAUUUUUUGCCUAUUUGGAAGAUCAACUAAAGCAUUACAACAAACAAAGCAAGGCACUUUUGAAGAAGUUGGGAACAGCAUUUGUUGCUUUAAGCUCAAACCAGCCUAAAACCUUAGAAAAGUUUGCUCAUCAUCAUGUCAUAGAAUCUAUCACGAAUAUUUUACACUUUGAAAAUGAUGAAAACAUUCUUUCCAAAUUUAUGAUGUCACUCUUAAGUUUCAUGUUUGCAGAUCACAAGACAGCAAUUCUUGGCUCCGAACUAGAACAUUGUUGGACUAAGCAAGAACAUUCUCUGAAGAGCUUUGUUGAAACAGCCAUUACUGAUUUUGAAAGAAUGGAUUUGAUGGAAAAAACAGCAUUGUUCUUGAAAGAAUGUGCAAGGUAUCCAAACACAUCAUUCUCCUUUGUCGCAGAAGCUAGGGAAAUUCUGGAAAAGGGUAUUGCAUUUAUUAAGAGCAAUGCCAGCCAAGAAGAUAAGGAGCAAUUACUUCCUUAUUUCGAAAUUGACAACAAACUCCAUUAA